AUCAGAAGCUCCAAAAGGCCAUUUGGUAUUCCAUUAACAGCAGCAGUGUUGUUUAUUCGGAUUCUCUUAAAUAUCUAUUAGUUAACAGUUUGUUGUUAUCAUCCGCCUAUACUGUGGUGGUCGCCUGAGAGACAUAGUACGGGGAUAUAAAAUGACAAUAUUUGGUUCUCAUUACAGAACCGCUUACUCAUUAUGGAUAUUCUUCGUUUCACUGGACGUAAAUAUUUGGGAGGUGGAAUGCACAAGUGUAGCAGAAGUAGACAGGCACCUGGAGAUGGGCGUGCAGAUGCUAGCCAAGGGUCAGCUUCAUGACGCUCUGUCACACUUCCAUGCUGCAAUAGAUGGCGACCCCUCCAACUAUCUGAGUUAUUAUCGCCGUGCAACGGUAUACCUGGCUCUUGGUCGAUCACGGCCAGGGCUCCAAGAUUUAGAUGAAGUCGUCACACUAAAGCCUGACUUUACAGCUGCACGAGCUCAGCGGUCUGGUGUCUUACUCAAAUUAGGCAGACUUGAAGAAGCACAUAUAGACUUGGAGAAUGUGUUACGAAGAGAUCCAACCCAUGAAGAGGCAAACAGACUAUACACAAUGAUUGAACCACUUAAACGGGAAAUCCUGGAGGCAUAUUCCAGUAUAAGAACUAGUCGCCACCAACAUGCCAUCAGUUUGCUCAAAAACAUAAUUGAGCAUUGUCCUUGGGAUGCCUCCCUACGUGAAUUGCGCGUUGAAGCUUACCAGGCAGUGGGUGAUGUGAUGAACGCUAUUGCAGACAUGCGUGUUACCACUAAGCUCAUUCAGGAUAACACCCAGGGCUUCUUGAGGCUUUCCAAGCUAUAUUACCAAAUUGGAGAUGUAGAACAAGGAUUGAGUGAAAUUCGUGAGUGUUUGAAGCUGGAUCCUGAUCAUAAAGAAUGUUUCCAGUUUUACAAGAAAAUUAAGAAGAUUAACAGACUUAAUAGUGAUGCCCAGGAAUACAUCAACAAUAAACAGUAUGAAGAAUGUGUCACCUCUGCCAGAAAGAUAACAAAAGAAGAAAAGGAAGUGGAGGAUGUACAGUUCCUAGCAUUUGAUAAACUGUGUCAGUGUCAAGUUCAUACAGAACCAAAUGAGGCAGUUAAAUUCUGUCAAAAAGCACUGAACAUUAAGGAAGAAGCUAGACUGUAUUGUGAAAUGGCUGAGGCACAUAUUGCUGAUGAGAUGUUUGAUGAAGCGGUAAAUGAUUUCCAAAAAGCAUUGAAUAUUGAUGAAAACUUGCAAAGAGCAAAGGAGGGUUUGGAGAAGGCACAGAAACUCAAGAAACAAGCUAGCAAAAGAGACUACUACAAGAUCCUUGGAGUGAAACGGACAGCAAACAAAAGAGAAAUUACUAAAGCUUAUAGAGCUUUGGCACAAAAAUGGCAUCCUGACCAUUUUGAUGGAGAAGAGAAGAAAAAGGCUGAGAAGAUGUUUAUUGAUAUUGCUGCUGCAAAAGAGGUGCUAACAGAUGAAGAGAUGCGAAGUAAGUUUGAUAAUGGAGAAGAUCCAUUGGACCCAGAACAACAGCAGGGAGGACCUGGAGGUCAUGGUUUCAACCCAUUCCAACAUUUCCAGUUUCAUCAAGGAGGCUUUCCAGGUGGUGGCUUCCAUGGAGGAGGCUUCAAGUUCCACUUUAACUAACUUGGUUUUCUCUAGUGUGUUUAUAUUAAAGGAUUUUAUUUAUUAUGGGUGUGUAUGUAAGUGUGAGUUUCAAGGAAAGCAUAUAUUUACAUAAAUUACAACUUUUUCCCUUCAAAUGCAGAAAACCUUCAUUGUGCAACUGGAAGUUUGUGUAAAUACUCAGCCUGAAAAACUAAAUUGUGUGGCUUUCAUUCUGCAUUCAAGUUCGUCAUUUCAGGAUCAUCUUCAAUCAGGGAUUAUCCUUUAUAGGCCACCAUCUGUUAAAUAAACUAACACUCCAGUGCCUUGCAUUAUCACUUUGUAUUUUGUUCAGGUCUUCUUAAUAUUUUUGGAGGUAAAUGGUUCACAAACAUUAAGUUAUUGGUAUUGAAUUCAUUUUGAGUUCUCUCCUCCAGUUUCCAUGUGAUAUUUUUAUGACCCACAGUGGGUUGAAUAUUACUUUAUUGAACUGAGAUACAAACUUUGCGAUGCUCAAAUAUCUGGGUCUGAAAAUGGUUAUCUCUCUCUUGUUUAAUUGCAACAAAUUAAAAAUACUAGUGUGAAUUACAGUUGUAGUGCAUUUAUUGGUUUAAUAGGUAUAACAAAGUAUCUAGGAUUGUAAUUAUAUUGUACCUAACUUAGAAUUGUUGUUUCAAGACAGAUUACUUUGCAGAGUAAUAUUGAAAGAUGGACUGGAAAAGUAUUAUAAAAAGUUUGGAAUGGCAUCUGUAGCUCAUCUGUAAAUAUAACAUUAUCAAGCAGUUACAAGUGAAGCCAGACAUCUUGACCCCACAAAAGUUUUCCUGUGGGGUUCAAGACAAAAAUGUCUGGGACAGGUAAUGUUUGUGAUAUAUUUUACUUUAAGCUUUUGAAAUUUGAUUUCUGUAUUCUAGGGUAAAGAAUAUGUUUUGAAUAUAAUUUUAUUGUGAUGAUUUCUCUUAUUUUGUACUGUUCUUGUGAAAUCCCCAGAUGUUUAAAUUUUCCUCCCAGGUACAUGAGAUUUAAUAUUGUUAUGUAAAUAUACUGUAAAAGUCCA